AUGGUCGAACCGCCAACUGCUUGUCAUCGACCUGCAUCUCGCGACACGGCGCCAUCGAUCACAGCUCUGUCGCCUAUACCAGACGAGACGCCGCCUACCACCCAGCUUCCUGAGUCAGCCAACAUGCCACAAAUACAAACAUCCCCAGUUUCCUCGGCUUCAUCUCAAAGCAGUCAACGCAAGAGGUUUCGCGCUCCACGACCCCGUAGGGACUCUAUUUACGACAUACUGCACCAGCAUGCUAAAGUUAGCCUAUUCGUGCGCCCGAUAUGCUGGACAGAUACGCAUUCAAAACUCCUCGGCGCGCACUUUGACGAAUUACCAGCAUGCGAUACGCCACUCCCUGAGAACAUUCCUGGCUCACCACCAUCGAGGGGCCAUCUACGCCCUUCUAAAUCCAUCGUAACGUUGAGCAACGCGUUGACUCAGAUCUUGGUUCCUGAUGGAGUAACCACAGUCCUCGACUCGAAUGCAGUCAAGGCCGUCCUAUCAAUACUCUGGCCCACGCCUUUCCGACGCUCCUACUCCCAGCUUCUUCCAGAGCUAAAUAUCUUCUUCGACAACCGUGUUUACCGCGAUGCUGUUCGCACACAAGUCAUGUGGAGCUACCCAGGCGACAGCGUCCGAUCCUCGCAGAACUCAUUCCAGUCAAUAUCUACUCGGCCUGCAGAAUCUUAUGGCCUCGGUUCAAGCUCACCAUCGACACCACACAACCCGGCUGGCCUGCCCAUGCUGUGCUACAUCGGGAAGAACCACCUGGCGAAUAUGCGCAAAAGCAUAUUUCGUAUUGCGUUAGGACCAGGACGAAGCUGGAAUGGACCGGUUUAUCGGCUUCAGCAACUCCGAUCUAAGGCCCUAAUUCCUGCCAAUCCGGACCAUGACGCCCAUUUUGUAGCCAUCUUCUUGGCCAUGGCACAGCGACACUUCUACGGCGCGCCUGCUCCCUCGUCUCGUAGGGAUUCACAGUGGUCUCCUACAAGAGGGAAAUCGUGUCGUCCGGCCUUUGAGGAUAUUGUGUUGAGAAUUUUGACGCAUGACGCCGAUACGUCGGAGUUCAUUGUUUACACUGGGCACGUAACUGCAAAGUUUCUGGACAGGUUUCAUGACCCGUUCAGAGUUCCCACGUCAGAAGAGAGCCAAGAUACUGCACCAGGCGUCAAAAUCGAGUACACGAGAGUACCUAUCUGGCCAAUCCUGGGACUGAAAGAGCGACUCGGCAAAGCCCUUGGCGAGGAUAUCGUCGGACCGUUUGAUCCCUCUGAAAUGGAGACAUGGGAAACCGAUACGGAAGAGCCUCAAGCGAAAGAUAACAAACGCAAGCGCGAAGCCCUCUCCGAAGUUUUCAAUGGAAGCUUUGACGAGGACACCGACAACGAUGAGCAAGAGUCACCCUUAAAAUCCAAGAAGCAAAGGCUAGAAGAAGGCCCUCCAAUAGGUGUCGGAGCUUAG